AUGUCUUCCUCCCCCACCGAGGAGGCUGGUCCUUCGAAUUCUGCUGCAGACUUUACAAAAAGACUGCAAAAGUACCGUCCUCAGAUCCAGGUCUUAAAUGUUGAGACAGAACAUCAACGGGCGGCAUUCUCGCAGCGCCGAAAUUUGCUUUUCACAGCCCAAGGCUCGGAUAUUUAUGUCUGGAUACCGAGGGGGUCCAAUCAGUUGCUUGGCGCUCAACCUGAGAUGAUCAUUCAUCCGGUUAUGAAUCAACCCCAUGCUCCUGGCUACAUCGACCCUGCUAGGCCUCAUACGAUUAACAAUAUCAUUGUGGAUGAUCUCGGGAGGGAUGAAGUAUUGUUGAUUGCAACUGACUCUGGCAAUGUAACCGGCUACAAUGUGGAGGUCAUCUUCUCGGCAAUCGGCCGAUGUGAUCAAUUCAUGCAUGAAAAACCGUUUGCUGGAGACGAUGUGAAAGCAUUCUUCGUCGAAUUUGUUGGGAGGAGUGCAUGGGGCUUAGCAACUCACAAAUUUGCCCGUCUCAUUGCCGUUAGUGCAAACACUGGGGUUAUCACUGUGUUUGCAUUCGCCUUGGUGGAGGAAUCAUCCACCCUCUUUUCUCCCUAUGAUCCCUAUGAGACGGCUCAAGACCACCAACAGUCCGGUGAACUAGGACAAACGUGGCUCAUAAUCGAUGAUGAGGACCAAUUGGACGAACUAAGCAGGAAAUUGCCCCAUCAUCGGGCCCGCAACCUGCGGCUCAACUACACCGGCCACUUUGAGAACAUUCCGUGUGUGUCAUUUGCCAAUUUCGACCUGGAUCCCAAUGGAACCUGGAUGAUCAGCACCGAUAUUUUCAACAGAGUCUUGAUUUGGAAAAUCUGGGAGGCACUGGGUCCCGUCAAAGGCUCUGCUUAUGGCUCUCCAUCCCAAACACCCCCGCAAAGAGGAUGGUUUGUUUUACCCAUCGAUCCACGCAGAGUCCAAAAACACUAUUUGAAGACCGACGCUUGUGGAUGCAUGCCAAAAGAGAAGCUGUUCCAUAACCAGAUAGCUUUUAUCACCUCUGACAUGAUUCACCAUAUCAGCGACUGGUCCACGGUACUCAGCCCAUCAUAUCGCGAACCUUUACCAACCCGUCAUUAUUUGCCUGAUGAUGUUUUCUACCCGGAUUGUAUCGAUGGGUCAAGCUCUGCAAUGGGAUUGUCCGGCCCCGGGUCUGAGUCGUCAUCUGAUGGAGAAAUGCCAUCGACUGAUUCUGAUCAUAAACUCAAUGCCCACAUGGCUCCAAGCCCUGAGAAUGACCAUGAGAGUGACUGUGAAAUCUUUCCCAAAAGCGAGACUCCCGGGCCUCCGUCACUUAGAGCGAGAAGAGGUAUUCCGGAUCUGAUAGAGGACGCAAAUGAGCACCAACACCGGUGUGCAUCUGGUUCAUUUGAAGUUGAAGAGCUACGAAAAGAAAGGCCAUUGGAGCUGCAACAAAAUUAUCCUUUCCAUCCCCACAAUCCCGAAUUCUUCCCGGUCGUUCACUUCUCCGAGCACGACAUCAGUCUGAUCUCUUACCCGUGUGACUCCAACCUCCAGAUCAUCGCUCGAUCCCCUCUUACUCAGACGCCACCUCGAAACAUGCGUAUCCACGAUUUCUGCGAUCGCAUGAACAUGGUCAAGUACGUCCCUGAGCUGGGCCUCAUCCUUGCCGCAUCCCAGAAAGGCCGGGUCGCUGUCAUAACACUUACCUGGCAGGCUGAGAUUGGCCAUUCUUUCCGUAUCGACUGGAUCGUCCCAUUCAACUCGCAGGGAAUGGACCUGAGCCACCCAAGAGUGCCUCUUAUGGGGAUGGCUGUGAGCCCAAUGCCAGGGUACGAGCAACUGCCUGACAUCCCAUGCAUCCCUUGCGAUGUCAACCCAAAAGAGUGGUUGGAGUUCGACUACCGUCUACUGAACCCCGACCAAGACGAAUCUUCCGAUAUUCCGUCCGAGCCAGACUCUUUCCGCGGGUUCAACUCCAACACAUCUAGCCCCAAGAGAGAGGAAUCCGAAUCUGGUGAUAUCUCAACAUCCGAUGACAGCUCUCCACACAGCUACUCGAACGCAGCCAGCCACGAGAAAUACGAAGCUUCUGAUAUGUCAACAUCCGAUAAGGGCUCUCAACAAAACUCCAACCCAAACACCGACAUCCCCGAGCCAUCUGCUGGCCAGAAUGACUCGGACUCUCCCGAAUUCCACCCCUCCAACCGGCAAUCAGAAGUGGAUGAUGAUCCCAUACUCACACUUCCCGAACUCCAUGCCCAUGCUUCUGAUAUCUAUCAGCCCCGCGAGAACUGGCAUGGCUGGCACCCGAGUCGUCAUUACCGGCUGAUGCUCCUUUUCUGUAACCACUCCGUUAUGAGUUAUGAGUUCUGGCACACCUGGAAGAAUUAA